GUUUAAGUGUAUUCAUCAUUAUGUUUGAACAAUUAAUUCAAUUGUUGGUUAUUCGACUCAAAGUCCAUUUAUAACAAACAGUUAUAUGAUUGGUGUUAGUUUGAAUCAUUUGUAUAUUUACAUUGUAACAUUUCACUGUAUUUCAAAACGUAGUUGGAAUACUUCAAUACGGUUGGUGACGACAUUCUAUGAAAAUUCUUUUUAAACUUUUUUCUUUACGUUAAAUUACAACUUCUUAAUGAAAAACAGAACAAACAAGCACAUUCCAUCCAGUCAAUAAAUGUAAAUUGAGAUCGUCAAUAAACAUCAUCAGUAUUGUUCUGCAAUAUGGGUUUCAGAAUAAAGCAUAUAUUUCAGCAGAAUGCUCUACAAUCCAAAUUACCAUACACUGCGAUGGUUUUAAUACUUACUAGUGUACUAUCAGUUUUAUCAAUCACUGUUACACUAACUUUAUCCUUGUUAAGUAAAGAAUUUAAAACGGAUACAUGUAUAACAAUUUUCACAAGUGUAUUCAAUAUUAUUGGUUUUUUUCUAGGAUUGAUGUUGGUUAUUUUACGGAAGAUGAGAGAAACGAAUCCCCUGAAUAUAAUAAUGUUAAUUUUAUACGGAUUGACUAUAUCUGCAGCUCAAGGAUACUCUAUCAUCAAUGUGGAACUUCUAGUAAAAGGCAUAGCAUGGGUUAUUGCUUUCGUGUUGCAUUCGAUUUUGGUUCCGAUUGGUAUAGUUAUAAAGACUGACUUAAGUCAAUAUACAACUGUAUUAAUUAUUUACUGUGUUGCAGAACUUUCCACAAUCACAGUAGUAUUUAUCGGUCUUAUUAUAGCAGAUUACACACAGGUGGCUUUGGCUGUUUAUGCGGCCGGGGUAUGGCCCAUAUUGAUUCCUGUGAGUUUAUAGUCAUUAUUUUGCAAAAUGAUUUAAAAUGAUAGAAGGUAUUAGUGAAUAGAGUAAGUCGUUCAUUUACUCACAUCAUAUUAACUAUAAAAGUGACAGCUAUGUAGUUUGAUUAAUAGUUAUAUCUAUUUGAAGAAAUCGUAUUUUUAGAGUUGUAUCUGAUGUCUAAUAUGUUUGUAAUGAACUAGUAUAAAUCAAGUAUCUUGUUUGUACUCGUUUCCUGAUGAAUAAUAUCCUAAGCAUUCCGAUAUAUAUAAACAUCAUGAUUAUCGGUUAUUCAUUGGUUUUUAUUGUGACAAAUUCACUUCAGUGACAAGUUGGUACACUGAACUUUCAACCCAACAACAAUGAACAACCAGUAAUAAUAAUUAUAAGGAUAGGGGAAUAUAUAUAACUCAUCUGACACCUGCCCGACUAUCUACAUGUCUGACUUAGCAGACAACCAAUCAUUAUCGUUCUCGCCCACAUCAAUAAGGAACUUCAGCCUCACUCUACUUAAAAAAAGUUAGCGUUCAAAAUUUCUCCCCAGUGUCUAAUAACUUGUUUUGUUGAUCUAAGAUUCGAUAAACCUGUUGUUUAUCAGGGUUCACAGGUUACCCUACGAUACUUUCAAAUUAAAGAAUAGUUCAACUGCUGACUUGAUACUGGAGUCUGGCAGAUAACAUUUUAGCAAUAAGGCGUCAACACAAGAAAGAGAGAAAGUUUAGGAGAAAUUUGAUAUUCAAACGGAACAACUUGGAAUGAUGCAGCUCAAUAUGUCCAGUAAAGAAAGCAUAGAUUUCCCUAUCAUACAGGAGGUUAGGGAACUAAUUGUAGUGGUAACCAAUUAUAAAAAGGUGAAGGUCAAGUAAAAAAAAAUUGGUAAGUAAAAGUGCUCUUGUGUUUACUGCUACUAGUAUGAUCUUGGCAUUGUUAGUUAAAAAUGAAUAACACUGUGAUCGUUUUAAUGGUUAUAAAUAUUGUAUGGUCAUAUUUGCACGUUUGUAAUGAUCUUUUCCUCUCCUGAUUUAAACUCUUAACAUAAAGUUAUUGCUAUCAUCUUUUAUUGGUUCAUAGAAUUAGUCGACCUCAUUAUGUUUAUGAACUGGUACAUGAUCAGACUGUCAGAUUUCUAAGAAUCUUCUGGUUUUCUUUAUGUUUCCUCCAUUCAUUAUUUAAACGAUCUCUCAGUCUAACUCUUGUCCAUAAUUGUUUAUAUGCGUUGAUAUCGGGGAGGCUGAGUUGUAGCAUUUAUUAGUGAACUGGUGUUCAUGUAGACGUAAAUGAAUGUUUGGGAACUUGGUGUUGUUUCGUUGCCUCAUUAAAUGUAAUCUAUCCUGUAGAUAAUGUUUGUCUUAUCUUUGUUUGUCAUUGUGUUCUUUUAUUCCUAGCAGUCUUAAUAACCAGUAUAGUCUCUGAGAUGUUUUACAUGUAGGGUAGAAUGGUCCGUUUGUUUGUUUUUCCUAUAAGUUUUGUAUUUGAUGUUCCAUUCGAUAGACAUUUCUCAAUCAUGUUUUGUGGUUAUCAACCCUGCCUAAAUACAACCACUAGGUACUUUCUUUCACUUUCCUUGUAAUGGUUGUAUUGUACUAUGUUUUUAUUCUUUUAAAAAUUGUUUUAAUGCAACUUUUAACUUAUUAAGUUUUUACAACUAUAAUUUAAUGUUUUUUAGAUGUGUAAUGCUCGUCAAUAAAUGUCAGUUUUCCCUUAUUGAUCAAAAAUGAAAGUUCGUUGUAUCGUUUCUUUUCUGAUAUAAAUUUUAUGUCGCCAAAGACGUUGUUGAUCAAAUAUUAGCACUUUUCAGAUGAACUCAUUCGACGAUAUCGAAUGUAUUGUCUACACAAUGUAUUCGGAUUUCUGGUUUUAUCAUUGGUAAGACCGGAGUUACUAUCCCCUGUAUAACAGCUUCUACAAUUAAUCCGGAAAUCUAUGAUCCUAAUGGAUUUUAUUUUGUUCGUCCACAAAUAUUUUUCGUUCAGUCGGGAAUAUGUUGUUAGACAUGAGUUUAUGAGAUCAAUAAGACUUCAACAACGCUGUAACAUCCAAAGAAAUCAAUUUAUUGUUGGUGAUUUGAAUAUCUUUCAUUUUAUCUAGGAAUUGUGUUGAACAUUUGAUACAGUAGUCGAAUGAGUUCAUCACAUAUUUCAACACCAUUGAUAUUUCUAUUGAAACACAAAAUGUCCUUGAAAGUGUAAGGACUUUUUGAAAUGUACAUCUUGUGUAAUUUCGGUCAACCAUGAAAGUGGGAAAUAAGAAGUCCAUUCGAUUUUCUUAGCUAUGAAUCCUCCUUGUUAGUCAUCCAUCUUUGAUUAGUCUGUUUUAGAGUACUAUAGAUAUUGCCAUCUAGUUUUGGUUGGGAUUAGUUUCCAUUUGCUAAUAUACACUAUCAUCUCUGAGUAACAUCUUGUCGUUUCAAAUAUAGUCCUUUCACUCAUGACUAUUAUGGUACUCUCCUUGUUAGGAAAGAUCAUGGUUGUAUUUUUCCUUGUUUUCUGUUUUCGUAAAGCCUUCCGUUUUCAUGCCUUUAAUCGAAAGCAGUCUUCUUUACACCAACCCAAGAACAUUACCACUUGUCCUAUUUGUUGUUGAGUUUCUUCAUUUAGUCUUGAUGUUUUAGACGAUGAAUCCAGCGGUAUGAAGAAUUUCGGCGCCCAAAAAUUUGAUGUAUUGUAAUUCAACCCUUUCUGAACUAAACUUUUCUUACCUUGGUUAAAGUUUGUUUUAGUAAACUUGUUACACAGUUGUUUGUCUCUACUUCAAUAUUUCACAUAUUUUACAAUAAUUUUGCUUGUUAGAUAAAUUAUGAUCUCUUGUUUUCCAUUCUUUUUUUCAGCUUGCUAUUGAUUUCGGGCAGCUUACAUUUAGUACACGUUCCAGUUAUACUUACUAUCCGGAUUACUGUCUGGCAUCAUUUACUUUAUUCACUACGCUAUCGGUAUUUUUUAUUACCACCAGUGUAGAAGCUCAUUUCAUCAAUCAGCUAAUCAAAAACAAUACUACCGUUAAACUAUUGUAAAUGUCUCGUUAAAAGCAUCAUUACAUAUAUAUUAUUUAAUUUGAUAAUUAUUUAUCCUAAUCACAUAGUGUAGUGAACAGAACACGGGUGGGGACAAUCGAAUUGUAUUCAGCACAAAAUUACAGAGUUACUUGGUAAAAUAGAAAAACCAUAUUAUAAUGCUUAAUUUGCAAAAUGUUCAAUAAUUGUCUCGAACUUCAUUGUUCUUGCAUUUCCAUACUCAUUGCUUUCUAUUCCCGCUCUUCCUUUCUUGAUCUUCGCCAUCUUCUGAUGCCAGAUAUUACAUUCCUGACUCGCGUCAUAUACCACUUAUAUCAAUAUAAGUAGCACGCACCACAAUGGUUUACAUGCUUUCUCAAUCAAGAUCAUAUAUUGGUGAAUAGACUUUAAGUUACAAAAUGUUAGGAUGAUAAAUUUCAGGUUUCUUUGAUUCGUUAUAAAUAGAUUGCAUAUGCACAAAUUAUAAAUUAAUAUCAUCAUACCUAAUCAUAUGUAAUUUGAACAAAAUGAUAGUUGAAAAAUGUAAUAUUAUCUAUCAGAUGUUGAAUAAGAUGACAACCGGUUCUCUUAAUUCAUAACAUUUCAGAGUUGACUGACUUAGAUUAGAUGAAUAUGUAUCAUGAUUCACCCAAAAUACUUAUUUAUAUUUUGUCUACAACUGGAGAAGACUAAUUUGACUUUCCUUCAUCUUAGGUGGAGAAAUCAUUUUGAAGAAAUAUCAAUAAGUUAGGAAUUGGCUAUCAGUAUUAUUAUUAAUGUUGUUAGUAGCACUAUUAGUUGCGGGAAGUUGUACGUUCAAUAAAGCAUAGACAAAAAUGCUAUUUUGGAAGCUUUAUUCCAACUGAUAUGUAGUAUAAACACACAAUACUAUGUUCACUUUAACUUGAUAUCAUCAGACUGUAAAUAAGGCUAUCGGAAACUUUACUUCCGAUAUCAUGGUAAAUUACAACACUCUAUUCAGUUCCAGCAUACAUUCAUUAAACUAUAAUAUUUAUUGUCUUUUGCAUGCUACUCAAGACUUUAGAUUCUGUGACAAAACCAAACUGGAAAUGCGUUUUACACUUGUAGUGAACGAACACUCUUGUGGGGAAGACCACUUUAUUAGUUAUUACAAUAUUACAGAAUGUCUUCAUGAAAUAUAAAAACCAUACACUAAAUGCUUCAUUUUUACAUCUCCCAUCAACCGACUCUGAUUAAUUUCGUCAGUCCUUGAUUCUCGUUUUUAUUACAGUUACUCUCUGUUUACAUUCCUGUUCUCCUCGAUUCGAUCUUCUCAACCAUUUCACUUCGACUUAUAUCUGUUAACUGAAGUAACAUACACCACACACUCUCAAUCUAUCUUACGCAUCGAGAUCAUCGUCUUUGUGAUUACUAGAUGCCCAUGAACUUAACGAAACCUUUCUUUAUAAAUAUGCUUACUAAUCUGUAUUAUGUUCUAGAUAACGAUUAUAUAAAUGAUCUUUAGAAUUGA